AUCGCCGAAGUAAAACAGCAUCGUUUGUUUACAACAAUAACGUCCUUGUCGCAGGCGGUGUGGGUGUGGAUGAUGCCAUUGACACAAUAGAAGCGUUAAAUAUGAAGCAGUGUCCUUUGCGAUGGACAAUGUUUGAUGGUAACUUGCCGGCAAAGUUAAGAGGCCAUGCCGCCCUUGUUUAUGAAGAUAAAUUGAUUUCUAUAGGCGGAUUCAACGAGGAUAAAAAUAUGAUAUCUGAUGCCAUAUACGAGACUGCUCUUAUUCCGCCUCACACGUCGAGGUUGCUGACGAGAAUGAAAGAGCCACGAUAUGAACACAGAGCAGAGAUAGUUAAUGGAAAGGUAUUUAUCUUGGGUGGAUCAACAACCGAGAGUUAUGAGGAUGCUACUGACGGCGUUGUUGUUUAUGAUUUGGUUGAGAAUAACUUUACGCCAUGUCCAUCGUUACCUAAGCCUGUUUUUGAAAUGUCCACAGUCAUUUGGGGUGAUAAGAUCAUCGUUCUCGGUGGUUUGGAUAACAAUGGUCGAAUAUUAGAUGACGUCAUCAUCUAUGAGACUGAGACGGGGCAAAGUAGGUGGCUUCCCUCCAUGAUUAAUAAAAGGAGCGGCAGUUGUGCCGUCAUCAUGAAUGACGUCAUUAUCGUGUUUGGUGGACGCAAUGAUGAGCAGGGAUGUCUCAACUCAGUGGAAACCUUUACCAUUGGUGGAGAUGGCUGGAAAGAACUGCCAGGAAUGAUAGAAAAAAGAUGGAAUGCAACCGCUGUUGUGAAACCUCACAUCUGAAAGUUUUAUGACCUUUACACUGUGUUCUUAUAUAUGUUCUUAUAAACUUCUUAUAUGUUGAUGACUGCUGUUGUCAUCUAUAACAUUUCUAAAUUCUUAUACUGUGACGUCUGGUGAGGUUUAACCAAUAUUAUUAGUGUGUAAAUAGGGUCAAUUUGAAAUUUUAAUCUUAACCAAUGAACAUUAGCAAUA